AGGUACCUUUCCAACGUGACCCUAAAGCUAAAGCAUGCAAAACCAUCAGAGCUUACUUGCACUUCACUAGAAUAUAUUGCACAUUAUCAAAUACGUCACAAUUAUAUAUAACCAACAUUUUCUUUAAAUUAAAAUCAUGAAACGUGCAAUUCUCAUCACCAAAUUUUGCAUCCAACAUUAAUUUCUCAUAUCAAUGAACACCUUGAAUUCUAUUCAUGUGUCCUCCGAAACCAAUCAAAUACAAGCCGCUACAAAUUAUUUUUCCAUGCAAAUAUUAGAUUCAUCAAUCCAAAGUCUAAUAAAAUCAUGGAAGAGAAGGCAAAGAUGGUUGUUUCUUUUUAACACAUCAAGCCGACAAGAUUUGUUGAAUAGAGCAACAUGGAGAACCCAUUUAACCAAUUUCCUAGAAUCAACAAUAAUACGUGUGAUUUCAAUUUCUUUGCUUAUUGUAGAUCUCAUCAUCACAAUUCUUGAACUAUCAUCCUCUCUAAUUUCAUGUGAACAAAAUAUUGACAUAGUAAAGGAAAAAUAUUUCCAUUGGAUUGGAAUUUGUAUUUUGAGUAUACUUUCAAUAAAGAUAAUUGCUUUGUUAUUAGGGUUAGGGUUUUCAUUCUUUAAGCAUAUAGGAUAUGUUGUGGAUGGGGUUGUGAUUAUUGGAGCUUUAAUUAUGGAAGCAUUUUUGGAGAGGAGAGGAGGUGGUUUGUUGGUUUUGGUGAGUUUAUGGCGUGUGAUUAGGGUGGUGGAGAGUGUGUUUGAGUUAAGUGAUGAGGCUAUUGAAGUUCAAAUUGAAGGGAUAGUUUUCCAAUUUGAGGCACUUAAAGAAGAGAAUAUUAGGCUCUUGGAAAUUAUACAUGAAAAGGACAAGAUGAUUGAAAAGCUCGAGGAAGAAUUAGAUGAGUGUAGGUUGAAAUUGAAGCCCUUUCACUAAUUCAAAAAAUGAAAUUCACUUGGUGAACUUAUAUACUUGUUUAAUUCAAGAAACUAGUACUAGUACUUUUUAUAUAUGUUGAGUGGACCAAGUUUAGGUGGGAUUUUAAUUAUCUACCAUGUCUUUGUAUAGUUUAGGUGGGAUUUUAAUUAUCUAUCAUGUC